GUUUCAGAUUUCCUUCAAAGGGAUAUAUAUCUAGUCAUGGAGCAGUAUAACACUAAAAGUGCAGGCGUCAAACGUCUCAUGAAGGAAGCGAUAGAGCUACGAGAACCGACUGAAAUGUAUUCAGCUCAGCCUUUAGAGGACAAUCUUUUUGAGUGGCAUUUUACUGUGCGUGGACCACUGGAUUCAGAUUUUGAUGGAGGCAUAUACCAUGGGCGGAUAUUGUUUCCGCCAGAAUAUCCUAUGAAGCCUCCGAACAUGAUUAUUCUUACCCCAAAUGGCCGAUUUGAGUUGAAUAAGAAGAUCUGUUUGUCUAUAUCCGGUUAUCAUCCAGAGACGUGGCUGCCUUCUUGGUCAAUAAGAACGGCGUUGCUUGCUUUGAUCGGCUUCAUGCCAACAGCUGGCGCUGGUGCACUUGGAAGCCUUGAAUAUCCAGUUGCGGAACGAAAGAAAUUGGCUAAAAAAAGUCUAGAAUGGAAGUGCAAGGAAUGUGGAGCUUGUAUGAAAGAUGCGUUGAAGCCACUAACAGAAAAUGCCAAAAAGAGUAAUGAAGAGGCAAAGGAGCUAGCUUCUCAGCUCACUUUUAAGGACGAAGCAGAGAAGAAAGCCGCUGUUGCUGAAGCAGACAAGUCUGCUGCGCAUCCUCCAGGAACCGCUGAAUCCGAUAUCAAAAGCAAUACAGAACAGCAAAAUUCUGCAUCUGGAACAGAAUCUUCGCCACAGUCACCAUCCGAAGAGCCAGUUCCAGAGACGCCUCCACAACCAUCCCAGUCGUCAUCUACUGCACAGCCCCAAGCUCCUGCUAUGCCUGCCUUCAAUCGUCCACCAUCGAGUAGUUCGUCGCCCUCAGGAUCAAAUGUGUCGCUUUUCGUCACUAUUCCAGUUUGCGUAGUGUUUUUGUCGUUGUUUGCCCUUCUUCUAGCGCGAAGAUUUCUACUCAAAAUCUGAUCACUGGGAUUUAAUCAUUGCUCACUUGUAAUAGGUAAUCAGUCAUGAGUAUGUUUAACCGGUUGUAGUCACAAUCUGCCUUCAAACUGUUUUCUAGCGAAAUUUUAUUGCCUCACUUGUCCCUUUUUAUUGUAUAUAUAAUCUCGGGAUUAUGAUGGGUACGAUUUUAAUUCCAGUAUUUCUUCACAUAUGUUUGGAAAACAAAGUUUCAAAGUGAAAAAUGAGAGUAGUAAAGGU